AUGAGUAUAAAUGUCUUUUUUGAGGUGUCUGAGGUGAAGGGAAGCACAAAGAACAUUAUUGGAAAGAUUGUUAUGUCUUUGGAUGAUGCAACUGUUCCAGAAACCGCCAAGAACUUCAGAGAGCUUUGCAAGAGGCCAGAAGGAAGUGGGUAUUUGAUGUCUACGUUCCACAGGAUUAUUCCUGGGUUCAUGAUACAGGGGGGAGACUACACAGCACACGACGGAACAGGUGGCAGAAGCAUAUUCCCGACAAACACGUUUGCUGAUGAGAACUUCCAAAUCAAGCAUACUGGAGAAGGGCUGCUUUCAAUGGCAAACUGUGGUAAGAACACAAACGGAUCGCAAUUCUUCAUUACGCUUGCCAAGACACCAUGGCUUGAUGGAAAGCAUGUUGUUUUUGGAAAGGUUGUUGAGGGAAUGAGUGUUGUCCACAAUAUUGCAAAGUAUGGUACGGAGAGUGGAAAGGUCAAAGAUGGCUACAAGAUUCAGAUAUCUGCAUGUGGAGAAGUUCCAAACAAUUAA